AUGAAGCUCACCGGAGCCUUGCUGCUUCUAUCCUUCGCUCUAUUGGUUUCAUCAUCUUCAGCUUUUCAAUCGGACGAGCUUAUUGUGGACGAUGAACAAUUUGAUUCAAAUGAGCGCCCUUCCCAUGAAUUCGUAUCAUCAUCGUCACCUUCCAUUUCUUCUGGUUCGCAUUCUCCGUUAAAACCCAUUCGAAAGACGUCUGCGGAGCCUGAUUCAGACUCUAGAGUUCAGUUCGCUCUGGAACACGCAUUUGGAGAUUCAGAAGAUUUCUCCGUCGCCGGCACUUUCACUGCUCGCCUCAAAUCUCAUGGAGGAAAGAAACUACUUGAAGAUGAUGAUUUCUACAGGAUAAGGGUGCCAUCUAACGUAUUAAAUUCUCCUGGAAAGGCUUAUGUUAUCUCCUCAGUAAAAGCAGUAAGCUUGAAACUUGACAUUAGAGGUGCCUCCCAAAUGAUGGCUUGGAUGAACACUUCAUCAUACACAUGGACGCCAAUAUUUUCUGAACAUAUCAUUGGUGGUGAUAUGGGAGAGGAUGAAGGGGUAAAGCCAAUAGAGAGAUCCUUUUUGGCUAAAUAUUGGAUGUAUUUGAUGCCGCUUGUUGUUAUUGUCAUGAAUGCUAUCAACCAAUCCGCGAACAUGGUGGAGGAACAGGUGGAUAUGCCACCACAGCAGGCGGUUAGGGCUAUCCAUCAUGGGCAAAGUGCAGCUGUCCGGAGGCGGUGA